AUGUGCCCGCAGAGCCGCAUCAGUCUUGGCGUGAACUUGUCGAUGAAUCAAGCUUCAAUUCCUGAAUGGACUUAUCAAAGUGAAGAGCUUCCGAGAGCAUUCGAAAUCCUGCCGAGGAGCCAACCACUGAGGUACCUGGAUCUGAGUGAUGAGGGACGGGAUUUUGCUGCAGUGAUCUUUCCGAAGACGACCCUUGGAGCCAACGAACCCUCGAUACUCCCGUCCAGUUCCACUGCGCAAGCACAUGGCAAACCCAUCGAGGCGCUCCGAUCUCCCGUCAUCGACGAUCGCGCCCUCCUCAUAACGUACUCAUCAUCUUCGCCUCGCACCCACCACUGGAGCGCUUCUGUGAAGCAGAGCCAAGGUCGGAUUGGCAAGAUUGAGGGUCUUGGGAUCGAGAACAUGGAGGGUGGGCUGAGGAAGAUGCAAGUGAAAAAUACGAUGAAAUAG